UGAAAAUCGAAAACGGUAUGCAUGUGCAUUAUAGACAUCACUCUUUGCUUGAACACUUGUUCUAACAUUUUUUCAUUUCAACUCGAACUCCCUGCAUAAAUUUCCAAAGCUGUUGUCUCUUGGUACUGCCAUGAGGUUGAAAUUAAAGUUUAUCCGCUAGAGCAAAUUGAGAUUAGUCAUCAACCACCGUGGUCUUGAAGGUCUGAUUGAAGACACUCACAAAUUCAGCUUCAAGCUCAAUCCAACACGACGCUCCUUUUACCAAUUGAUUCCUACAACCUUUUACUAGUACAUUUGAUUCUUCCACUCCUUCGCAGAUUUUUCAGGAAACAUGGCGACCAAAGACAAAUACUCCAUCAUUCUUCCAACGUUCAAUGAGCGUCGCAAUCUACCGAUAAUCACUUGGCUUCUGAAUCGAACUUUCACCGAACAGAAGCUCGAUUGGGAGCUUAUUAUCGUUGAUGACGGCUCCCCAGAUGGCACCCAAAUUGUUGCAAAUCAGCUGGUGAAAGCAUACUCCCCACAUGUCGUCUUGAAGCCGCGGGCAGGAAAGCUGGGUUUGGGAACGGCAUAUGUGCACGGAUUGCAAUUCGUCACAGGAAACUAUGUCAUUAUCAUGGAUGCCGACUUCUCUCACCAUCCCAAAUUCAUUUCUCGAAUGAUCGCCAAGCAGAAGGAGCUUCAUACGAACGGUGGAUAUGACAUAAUCACUGGUACUAGAUAUGCUGGAGAUGGGGGCGUUUUUGGAUGGGAUUUGAAACGAAAGCUGGUCUCCCGGGGUGCAAACUUGUUUGCGGACACAGUUCUUCGACCAGGAGUCAGUGAUUUGACAGGGAGCUUCAGAUUAUACAAACGGGCUGUGCUGCAGAAGGUUAUCGAGAGCACAGAGAGCAAGGGAUAUACAUUCCAAAUGGAGAUGAUGGUUAGGGCGAAAGCUAUGGGCUGCACUGUUGCGGAGGUUCCGAUAACAUUUGUCGACCGUCUGUAUGGGGACUCGAAAUUGGGAUCAUCAGAAAUUGCUGAAUAUGCUACUGGGGUCUUGAGAUUGUGGAUGAAGGUCUAAUAUGGAAGUCUAUGUCAUUGUAUUUGUACCUGUGGCUAGCUUUGCGUUCUCUCACAAUACAGCAAGCACUAAAGAAUGGACGUCGUCCAGUCAUGUGCGUGGAAGGCAAUAAUAAUGUGGUUACGUUAAGAUAUCAUGGAGAUCAAUCCCGGUACCCCAGCUUCACUUCACUCGAGCCAGCUAAAAGUUCAACGAACAAGUCGACAACGUGGUCGAAAACAACUCUAAAGCCCCUCCGAACAAUCUCC